AUGGGGUCACGAUUUCUUUGCAGAAAAGUUCAAAAUACCAACGUUAUUACGAGCAGUUUGACCAGUUGGGAGGACACAGAUGGCAGCUUCUGUCUCUUUAAUGAUGAUAGCGAGCUCUCAUUGUCUGAGCAGCCACUCGGAGACCUUCUCUAUCAAGCUGGCACAUCAUCUGCAGUGUGGGCAAUUGGAUCCAACGCGAUUUGCAAGGUCAAAACUUGGACUAAUGGGAUGGACAUGGAGAGCGAUACUCUGGCUUUUGUUAAGGCCAAUUUCCCUAAUAUCCCGGUUCCCGACAUCAUCUACGCGUGGCUAGAUGAGAAGCUAAGUCGAUCGUUCUUAAUCUUAAAGCGUGUUCAGGGGAAUACUCUGGCUCAGGUAUGGCCUUCUCUCACACCAGAAAAGAGAGAUGGCAUAGCCAGUGCUGUUGCUCAGUUUUGCUUCGAGCUCACGAAUCUUACAUCAAACAAAUUCCAAUCAGCAACAGGGCAUGGAGUUCUCGAACCAUUUAUGAACGUACGCGCCAAAGACUCUCAUCCAUCGUGGAAACCCCGGUUAUUAGGGCCGAUGUCUGCUUCUUCCCAUCAAAGUUAUCUGCAAAGGAUAUCAAGGAUUUACAAACCGCCUGUUACUACGGCAUUCCACUUCUAUCACGCGGACCUUGGGCCAACAAAUCUAUUGAUAUCAGAUGAUGGCAAGAUUAAAGCAAUCCUGGACUGGGAAUCAGCAGGCUUUUAUCCGAAGUAUUGGGUCACCUUGAAGCCCUACAUGAGCCUAGGUUUCUGCCUCCCGGCUGCUGAUGAUCGUUAUGCUUGGGCAGACCUUCUACCCGCCAAACUCGCGGAAAUGGGGUUUGUGCUGGACAUGGCGGAUGUUGCGUGGUAUAAAGCCCUGGAUCUGAGUUUUUUGGACACAGAUAUGUUCCGGGAUGGUUGA